GCGGGAAUUGCCGAGCGCCUUCCUCAGUUCUAGUCUAUAGCGGGAAGAACUCCGCCCCCCGAAACCAGGCCGCCUGGCCUUAAAGGGGGCAAUUCAAGAGGCGCGUAGCCACCUGUAAGCCAAAAGGUAGUGGACUGACAAGGUGACCUCAAAAAUGAGGUUAAAGUGCAAUCUUCUCCCCGCCUCCUUUUUUUUUUUUUUUUUUUUUGCUCCUUCGAGGCCUGGUCCCUUCUAUAGUCUGGGAAAAAGGUGACUACGAGUCCCAGCAUACAGGUGCUGGCACGAUGGGACGUGGGGGAACCAAUCCAAACCCUUUUUUUAGUCCAAUUCGCUAGAGAACUGCAAGCCGGGAGUUGAGGGGUUCUGAUUUCUGGUGACGUACGGCUUCGCUCCCGCCGCCGGGGGCGCGCGUUCAUUGGCUCCCGCUGAUUGGCUCACGUGGAAACGAGUUCGCUCCGGCACCAGCGAACGGGGUCGGACUAGCUGGGAGUGGGCCGAGUCCUUCACGAGCACGAGGAUCACCGCUGUGUACCACGGUCGGACCCGGAUCUGGUCCGCGGCGACGCAGAGCUCGGUCCAGCGCGCUGCUCUUCACCUCCAGCCCUUAUUCGCUUCCCAGCCCGGGCCUGGCUCUUCUGACCUCCCGGGUAACGACGUCCUGGUCCGAGUUUAUCCCUGUCUGGGCCCCCAGCCCUUCGCGGCCUCGAGAAAUACCGACCUUGGCCCGCGACCGCACCCCUUUUUUCUGCUCCCCUUACCUACCUUGUUGCCCCCUCCUGUGCCUCCUAGCUGUACCUUGAAUAGUCACCGACUUGGGCGUCAGAUACCUCUCCCACCCUCGGCUCUGUAGUAUAAAUAAUCCUUUUGCCCCUAAUCAGAAAAGGGGUUGAAUUUGUGAAGCACCAGCAGGUCACUAAUUUUCUUUAUUUCACUGGUAAAUAAAGAAGGAAAUGCUUGCCCAACUAGGCCUUGAAAACCACUCCUUUUUGUUGCCAGUAGUUUUCAUCUCUCAGAGUGGUCUAUUUUUUUAUUCUUUUUUUCUUUUCUUUUUCUUUUUUUUGGGGGGUCUUUAAGUGAUGGAAUAGCUCGUGAAGGAACCAAGGGACUUCUUUUUGCACUGUAGAUUUUUAUGGUUGGCUAGGAAAAUCAUAACAGCCUUGGAAAAGAUAGGCAUUUCAUUUUAAGCUUGCUUUAUUGUUGAUGUCUCCCAUUCCUUAUCUAUAAAAUUGUGAAGUCAGAUCUGAGAACUUCCAGUUUUAAAUACAUGAUCCUAUUAUUUGUUUUCCCAAUUCUUAUCCUGCUCAAUCUUGAUUGUUUUGGAUUGUAGCUUUCUAUUUAGCUUUCCAUUGUUGCUAUUUCCUAAGGUUUCUGUUUGCUUUUUACCAGCAAAUCCAGCAGAUCAUAGGAUUAUUUCUAUUUCCUAAUUAUCCAUAUUUUGGAUUUUUCUUUUUUUUUUUAGAAACACGUUUACAUUUAAAACUUUUAAGCCAUUUCUAGAAGAAUAGAAUUUUUUGUGUAGAUUUCGAAUUAGCUACCUUUUAGCCUAGAUGGUUGAAAAAAAUGGGCUGCUGCUUUUAAUUUUUGAGGGGACCUCCUCCACUGUAUCCCAAUAUUGACAGGGGCGAACCUGGAGAUAUUCAAAACUGCCACCGGGAACAAAAGCUCUGGAAGCCCCUAUCGAGAUGGGAAAGUUAUAGUAUUCUAGCCUCCAAACUAUAUGGUUAUCAUCUUAAGGAGAAAGUUGGCAAUAGAACAUACAUAUUUCAGUUAAAGCAACUCAAAAGACAACUCAGGUGGAGGAGUUAAUAGUCUGGAGGGAGUACUCAGCGAAAUCAUGGGUCCUUGAAAUAUUAAGUAUAUGUUUGCAUUUUAAUCUUUUGUGCACCUUGGAUGACUUUCUUCAAGGUGUUGAGUUUAAAUUAUGUUCACCAGCUUAUUCUAUAUAAAUGAUGUACAUGAUAAAAUAUAUAAUUGCAAAAGCCUAUUGUGGUUUUAUUAUUACUUAGCUUAAUUUUUGCCUUAGCCAUAGUAAAGGAAAGAUUUGGAACAGAACAAAUAAAGUGAGGGGAUAAUAGGAGGAAAUUGCAUUUUUGUCUUACUUUUUGUUCAAAUCAAUUUUCUCCAGUUUCUUUUCCCUUUCUGUUACUUGUAAAUCUUACCUAUUCAACUUCGAAAAAAAGAACCAAAAAAUAAUUUGUUUAAAGUUAAUGAUCUUUUGCUUUGUUCUGUGCUUGUGAUAUAUUUUGACAUAUAGGACUUGGAGAUUGUGCUGUAUGCAGGAUAGCAUGUAAUGUUCUGUGUUCAGUGUUAGCAUUUAUUCAACAUUCUUCCAGCAGUCCUGCAUCUGUGUAUUGGGUUCAGAGAUACCUGUUUAUUUACCUAGAGUCAUGCAUUGUAGUUAUGCUUUUUUGAAUGUCAGACUGAUUAAACAGAAACGAAUAAUGUUUUGGAAAACAAUUUGCCAAUGUUGGUUUUUUCCUAUCUGCUCUUAUUUUGGAGUACUCUUUAGCUAUAUAAAUUGCCUUAAGGUGCUGUCUGCUUGACCUUUUAGUUAAGGAAGAAAGAGAAUUUUCCUAUAUUACUUUCGGUUGGUGUUUGUGAUGGUAUAUUUCUGACAAAGAAUCAUUAUUUACUUACUGAGAGAUCCCAUAGCAUAGUACUUGCUCAUAUAAUAGGAACUUAAUAACUAUAGCAAACUUAUAAUUCUUAUUCUUUUCUUUGUCUCUUUCAGGUAUAAGAAAAGGAAAAACCAAUAGCAAAAAAAAUCUUACCACAUUUUCUUUUUGAUUUUCAACUGCUUAGAAAUUUAAGGAAACUGAAGGCUUGAAGACUUGUUUUCACUAUCAAACAGGAUGGAUCCCAGCACUGAUUAUCAUUUCUUAAACCAGAUUUUGGGUAGAAGGGUGAAAAUCACUUUAGUCUGUGGCAUCUUUCAGGGAGUGCUUCAACAUGUGGACCCUAGCAAGAUUAUUGUUCUGAAAAAAGUCAAGAAUUUGGAGACUGGCCGAAGUGUCCCAGGAGUGAAGAUGUUUUUUGGCCAUGAGAUUAUGAAUGUGGAACUGCUGGAUGAUGUGGAACAAGGAGUAGGAGAAAAGAUAGCUUCUGUCAGGGAUAGCCUAAAUACAGAAGGAACAAGGAUGGACAAAGUGAAAGAAGCAGACCAGAGUAUGAAUGAUUCCAUUUCUCCUUCCCUUGAGUCACAUACCAUCACCCUGCUGAAUGACUUAAAAUACAGUCCAUCAGAUGAAGAAGAUGUGACUUACAUAGUAGUUAAUCAGUUCCAACAAAAGUUUGGUUCUGCUAUGCUGCACAUCAAGAAACAGAGUGUCCUGAGUGUAGCAGCUGAAGGAGUUAAUUUGUGUCGUCAUGGGAAACUCUGUUGGCUUCAGGUGGCAACUAGUAGUCGGGUUUAUUUAUUUGACAUUUUCCUUUUGGGAAGUCGAGCUUUCAAUAAUGGACUUCAGAUGGUGUUAGAAGAUAGGAAGAUUUUGAAGGUUAUUCAUGAUUGUCGUUGGCUUUCUGACUGCCUUUCUCACCAGUAUGGAAUUGUUCUUUCCAAUGUAUUUGACACACAGGUGGCUGAUGUUCUUCAGUUUUCCAUGGAAACAGGUGGCUUUCUUCCACAUUGCAUCAGCACCUUACAGGAGAGCUUAAUUCGACACCUUAAAAUGUCCCCUAAAUGUGUCUCUUUCCUGGAUGACAAGCGAAAGAUGGUUCAGGAGAAUCCUGAAAUAUGGUUUCUGCGACCUCUUCCACCUUCCUUGUUGAAAGUGCUAGCCCUGGAGACGACGUAUUUGUUGCCCCUUCGCUUGUUGCUUCUGGAUGAGAUGAUGUCUGACCUGACCACACUGGUGGAUGCAUACUUAAAUACCUAUAGAGAAGGGUCUGGAGAUCUGUUAGGAGGCACAGAGCCAUCAUGUAUGGAGCUGCCAGAGGAGUUGCGUCAGCUGAUGGAUUUCCAGAGACUUCGAAGAGAACGAGCCAUGAAAGAUUAUAAGACAAAUGCAGAGGGUCUCCUGGUUAGACCACAGCUAAUAUAUCCCAAAGAAAAAGCAAUGGAAGAAGAAGGGAAACAGAAAAGCACUAGAGGUUCUUUGCCUUUUGAAGAAGCCAUGCUUCCUAAAGCUUUGGAUUUAGAAUAUCUCAAACCUCAGCAGGCUCAAGAAGACACGUGUUUGCAGAAACAAGAAACAAAAUAUGAUGGUAAACAAGUGAGAACAAAACAUCAACAUUCAUCUUCCACAGAGGAGGCAGAAACAGGUGACUCUACCACAAAGACACUCAGUUGCCUUGGCCUACAGGGGUCAAAGGAUGUCAAAGUAACUCGGAAGGAACAAACUGAUACACCAAAACAGAGUCAAUCCAGCAUGUCCUUGCAGGAGAAAAUAGAGCUGCUGUUGAUGGGGGGAAAGGAAGAUAAUUGAGAAUGUAGAAAGCAAAAUGCCUCUUUUUCUUCUGUAAGAAGCUAACGCUUAAGAGAUCUGUAGUUGCCUAAUUUUAUUCUUGUCCAACCUUGAAAGAGCCUGACUCCUAGCUAAAUUCACAUAUAAAACCUAGUUGCUCUUCAAACUUGGAAGCUAGCUCACACCCCUGGUAAUGGAGCAUGCAUAUAGUCAUUCUACUCCUAUGUAAGAAAAGUUACCAUCUUAAUAGUUUUGUAAGUGUAGCAAGAGUUUUCCUCUGUGGGUGAUUUCCAGCUCUCAUAUGUGAUCUUUUCUCUCUUUACUCUUCUUCAUCUACUCCUUAGUUGUUUUUUUUAAUUGUUGUUGUUUAGGGUUUUGUGUGUCUGUCGAGGGUUGGAAACAGACAUGUUAAAUAAUGGAGAAAAUCCAAUUCAGAAUCAUAUAUGUCAUUGUAUGGUAAGGUUACCAGUGGCAGAAAUAGUUAUUUCUUAAUUGCAUACAAAAAAGUUUGAAGAGGAGGAAAAUCUUAUGUUCAUUAUCAGAAAGUCAUCUCAGUGCUUCUGGUAAUUUUGGUUUAGUUUUGAUUUAGGUGGUGAAUUUUAAUUUGUCAGUUACUUAUAGAGAGCACUUUGCUGUUGGCACAUUGUAACCUUUAUUGUUUUUAACUUGGUUUUUCUGCUUUGUUUUGAAUGACUUACUUGUUUUGUGCUAUAAACAAGCAUCAGAGAAUUAUAUUUCAAGUUUCUACCAAGGAAAUUCUUUUAGUUUCUUUGUACUUGAUUUAUUUACCCUUGUUCUUAAAGUGAUACGCUGUCAGCAAUUUAUUUAUCCCUGUUCUUUUUUUUUUAUCCCUGUUCUUAAAGCAAUACACUGCUUAGCACAAGAAUUUGACUUACUGUUUUCAUUUCAUAAAUUAUAUCAAAGGGGUGGGUUUUUCUUCAAAUCCUUAGUUGAGGUCCUCAUACUUGGGCUUGGGUACUUCCUUAGGUGUUUGUUGAGCUUAUGUAGUUUGGGAUUUACAAUUUUUUCAAAAUGUUGUUUAUUAAAGAUAAACAAGCUUAUUUUGGAAAUUGAUGUUCUCAAAAAGUUUGCUGUGGGGAUCAAAGUUUGGUUUUUAUUAAAUAAUCCAGAAGAAAACUAGGUAUUUUUAGAACAUGGUAUUUUGAAAGCUACUUUAUGUAUCUCACGUCCUAAUUGUAGUGAUUGGAGUUAGGGCACUUGCCAGCUACCUUUGACAAAGCCUGGGACUAAGGACAACUUAGUCAGUUUAUUUAAUAGUUCCAAAUUGCUUUCCAGAAUGAUUGGACCAAUUCACAUUCCACCUAUGGGGCAUCCUUGUGCCCCUAUUUCCACAACCACCAGAAUAGUGAUUAUUUCCUUCUUUUGUUAUCUUUACCAGUUUGUUUCCUGUGAGGUGAAACCUCACAGUUGUUUUGAUUUGGAGCAUUUCACAUGGUUGUUCAUAGUUUACAAUUCUUAUUCUGAAGACAGUUUAAAUUUUUAUUUAUCAGGGAAUAUCUUUUGGUCCUUUUAUUUGUUCCUAAUCUAUGUAUCUUGAAUAACAGAUCUUUAUCAGAGAUAUUUUAUCCAGAUACCCCUCCCAAGUCAUCUGAUUCUCUUUUUAUCCUAGGACCCUUAGUUUUGUUAUUAGAAAAGCCUUUUAGUUUCACAUAAUCUCUUUUUAUAUUUCUUUACAAUGUGUUGACUUUCUUAGAGAGGAAUAUAACUGAAAAAAGUAGAUGAUGUGUAGCAAAAGAUAUAUAAAAGCACCUAAAAUAGGUAAAUAUAGGACAUAUGCAAAGAAAUUUAGAAAAUCACUUCAGUUAAAAGUGAUGAGGUGAUUGUAUCAGGAGCCUUGUGGGUUUAAUGUCUUUCCUCCGCCAUCUUGGCUCCUCCAGUUAGAAGUGAUGGGAAUCUGAGCUGAGGUCAUGAUAAUGGGGGUGGCAAAGGACUGAUGGACAAUGUUACAGUAGCACUGACAAGACACUUAACUGAAUGGAUAUGUAGAAUGUAUGUAACAUAACAAAAAAAAGAGCUACCUCUAUUCAAUCGAAUAUGUUUAUUAAGUGCCUUCUAUGUUCUAGACAACCUGUCCUGAAGAUAUAAAUA